AUGGCAGACCUCCCCCGUCUUGCGCCAUCAGGCGUACCCGCCCAUGCACUCACAGUGAAGGUGAACGGCGUGUACCGUCUCAUGUGCAACUAUGCACCUGAGCGCGGCAUGGUAAAGAACACUCGUGUGCUCAUCCGUGCGCUUGGCAAACGUAUCAUUACUGUUCGUAUCCUUCGGGGCAUAGGCGGCGUCAGCGUGGUCGAUCCGGAAGACAUCUUGAUCUCGCGCAUCUCUUUCACCGCACUCCUCGAAACGGGACAUACACUUGUCCGGAGACAGUUCCCGCUGGCGCCUGCCUAUGCGACGACGUUCAAUAGUUGUCAGGGGCUUACAUUGGAUGUUGUUGGGGUCGACCUCACCCGUCCCGUGUUCUCGCAUGGCCAGCUUUACACAGCACUCUCGCGCAUCAGGCAUCGCUCCCAUGCUAGAGUCCGGCUACGACCAGGACACACAUAUACACAGAAUGUAACCUACCACGAACUUCUACCGUAA